AUGGAAAUACCGCUGGUGGACGGCUGGGAGAAGCUGAUCCCGAAACCCCGUGUAUACCCGUUGGGACCGGCCGAUCGGAAAAUCGUCGACGACAUGUUUGACAAACUUCAUCGACACGGCAAGAUGGCCUGGACAACGAAGCAUAUCCCGAUUGGGUUUCCCGUCUUCGUCGUCCAUCACAAGGUGACGGCGCCGGACCGGAUGACGAUUGAGAAGACCAGACCAGUCGUUGGCAUCAGGGGACUUAACAAAGCUUCUCAGCUUGAUAUUUACCCGAUGCGGACACAGGACGAGAUUGUCCGCAUGUGCCAAGGCGCCCGUUUUAUCUCCGUGCUCGAUGCGAAGAGCUUCUUCUAUCAGUGGCGCGUCAAACCAGAACAUCGGGAGCGCCUGGCCGUGAUCUCUCAUAGGGGACAGGAAUAUUUCAAGGUGGCCAUCAUGGGAUAUUGCAAUUCGGUGGCCUACGUCCAGAGAGAGAUGGACUUGAUACUGAAGAAUUUCUUUCAAUGGUGCCGCACAUAUCUCGACGCCAUUGUCGUCUGUUCCACGACGUUCGACGACCACCUCUCACACUUACAUCGACUAUUCCGACGGCUUCAGGACUAUGGUAUUCGCCUGGAACCAAAUAAAGCGUACAUCGGGUUCCCCGAAGUGGCGCUCCUUGGCCAGCGAGUCGACGCCCUUGGACUAUCCACCCCGAAAGAGAAACUGAAGGCGAUCUUCGACCUGCAAUUCCCAGACACGUUAAAGAAACUGGAGACGUACAUCGGUAUGACGGGCGACCUACGGCAUGUUAUUCCGAACUAUGCCCAGAAGGUUGAACCUCUCCAACAACGAAAAACGCUGCUGCUUAAAGGAGGUCCGUUAGCAGGCCGCACAAGACAACAAUGGGCUCAGAAAACCCGUCUCACAUCGCCUACGGACACCGAGAUCAACGCCUUCAAGUGCCUACAGGACAACUUCCGAACGGAGGCCAAAGUCCUCGUACACUGGGCCAACGAUCGACAGGCGUACGUCGACAUCGAUGCUUCCCAACAUACCGGUUUCGGUGUGGCUAUCUACCACGUCAAAAGGUCCUACAAUCACAAGGAUCUGGCGAAACCUCCCCCAGCCGCAAUGACGGAACCUAUCAUGAUUCUCAGCCGCCUUCUAACGGCCGCCGAGAAAACUACUGGGCGACGGAGCUAG